CAGACAUUUUCAGAAGAACCAGAAGACCUUUUAUUUAUUUAUCUUUUUUUUUACUAGAUGCUAAGAAAAAUAUCCUAUCAUUGACAUCUGGAAACAGGUUCAAGAGGUACGCAGGCUACUCACAUGAGUGCUUUCCUGACCACUUUUUAGAUACCUAAUUUUUAAAAGGUAAUCUUUGUGUCUGUGAACCUGAAGCUGCAUCAAAAUGAAAACCUGUAAAUCCAGUCAUUUGCAUUCAGGCGUAGAGUCAGACAUCCAGUGCAGAGGUGGACCAGGCUGUGUUGUGAAGUGCAGUUCGGAAAGGAUGGAGAGUGCUGCAAAGAGAAGACUGGCUGCCAAUGCCAGGGAGAGAAGACGAAUGCAAGGACUGAACACAGCCUUUGAUCGUUUGAGAAAGGUGGUUCCACAGUGGGGUCAAGAUAAGAAGCUGUCCAAGUAUGAGACCCUUCAGAUGGCUUUGAGUUAUAUCGUGGCUCUCACUAGAAUCCUUGCCGAAGCAGAACGAUACAGUACUGAAAGAGAAUGGAUUAGCCUUCACUGUGAACACUUUCAUCCAGAGAGCUACCACCAAUACACGGGACCAAAAAUGGCAGCGGACAGUGAUCCAUAUGCACAGCGAAUAUUCAGUUAUCACCCUGAACACUUUCAAAUAGCUAAUUAGAACUUUUUUUGAACUAAGAAUAUGCAGCAGGCCAGAUGUGUAAUUUAAUAAUUAGCAAGAGUUAAUCUGCUUGAAUAAGGUAAUACUGUCAUUAUAAUAGCUUAUUCUUGUCUGCGUCUUAUACUAAUUUGACAAUAAAUUUGCCUUGAGAACUUUAAAUCAAAAUGCAUUGAAGAAGAUUGAAUUUAUUUAAUCCUGGUGGAAGACAUACUUUUAAUUUGAAAUCUUUUUGAUGAUUGUUUUGUAGUUCAUCUAGUUCAUUUAAUUCUUUAAUUCAGUAAGUUUUUGGUGAAUUUUUUUUUACUGUGGUGAAUCAUGACAGUAUUUUCUACAGAUCAUGCGCCGAAUUGGCCCGUGGUGUAAUUGAAUGGAAUAACACCAGAAAUUAACUUCAUUUCAUGUUUUUAUUUUUCUAUCAGCUUUUAAGUUAUUUUUUGGUUUGUUUUCACAUAAAUGGCUCCCAUGGAAAAAGUUCGAUAAUGUAUUGGAGUUCUAGUCCUCAGAGAACUAACCUUCUUAAACUUUGUAAGUUUGACAUAUGGGUUCCAAGUUUGUAUAGAUUUGCUUUAAUCCAAUUUAUGGUGUCUCUUGUAUGCUCGAAAAAGAGCUGGUUUCAAGUCAUGGAAGAGAUGUUUUUAUUUUCAAUGGCUGUAAAAGCCCAUGUGAUUAUAUACCAUGAAUGAGAAUGCUCAUGUGAAAAUAACCUAAAUCUCUAGAUUUUUGUAGACUUUAAGUGUUUGGAUUUUAUUUUCUAAUUUUAUGUUAUCUGGUAACAGUAACAGAUUUUGUAAAUCAUAAAUAAAGUGUUUUCUAUGCUAUGUCUUCACCAACUGCCUGAAAUUCCUACUCUAAAGAAUUACUUACUAGUGGAUUUCCUACCCCAAAUGUUAUACAACUUCCAUCACAGUCCUUGUAGUUUAAUAAAGGAUCAACUAAGUAGUGCAGAAGGAUCAACUAGGAAAUGAUGCUUGCUUCCCACUUAAAGAAGUGUGUUUUAUGUACCUUCUGAAAAACAGCCUUUAAAGAUAAAAGUUUGAUAAAAUGCUAUAGAGCAUUCUUGCAAAGCAGUUGAGUUCAUUUCAGCACUGGUGAUGCCCUGAAUAGCCUUUUGUUUGUUUGCUGCUUUCACUUGUAGAUCUGGGUAGAAAAGGCAGAAGAGGAAAGGAGGUUGGGAAGAUCAAAAACUGAAUAGGAGCAAGAUAGCUGGAGAAGCAGAUGUGUUUGUAGCAUGAUGUAGAGUCUGCAAAAGUUGAACUGCCGAUGGCUCGUGCGAUGGUGGCAGACUAUGAAGCUGAAAGGUUAUUUUUGCUGGUGCUGCUGUGGGGAGUUUCUGGAAACAAGCCCUUGCUAGUGUUUGCCAUGAGAGAGAAGUUAAUAAAGAGCUGCUGUCCCAGAACAGCUGUCUGUUGGUGGGUUUCCAGCAGGGAAGGCUGGCAGGUUCCCUGCUGGCUGCUGCCAUGUCUUAUAUUUUAGAAUUCUUUCAAAUGACAAACGAAUAGCUUUGAUAGGAGUUACUUUCAACAACUAAGCAGCUUUCAGCAAAAACCAAAAGCAUUAAUAGGAGCGAAGCCCUGCUUUGGGGGAAAGGAACUCUGCUGGAGGAACAGUUGCAUGCAAAGAUCUGAUCUUUCUGUCUGUCUUCUCUCAAAACCCUUAUUGACGUUUUGCGCUUGGUCACUGUAUUGCAGACUCAUGCUUUUCCUGAGGCAGGAGUUGGACUGUUCCUGAAGUGAAAGCUGCCGGGACAGCAUUUCAGGAUAGAUUAAACACAUAUAGAAGAGGCACUGUAUAUUCUGAGCAACUCUCUCCUUUAAACACUGGCAUUCAGGAAUGUUUUUAACGUAUACUUUAGCCUCUUUAAAGGUAAUGGAUAGUGCUUAUUAUUAAAGUGUGUGCCUUUUUCUUCUUAGGAAUUACAUUUAGAUCUUUACCAGCCAAUAGAAAGUGGAUUUAGCCUUCUGGAAAUGUGAAGUCGUGUUACUCACUGAUUUCUUUGCUUAAGUUUAUAUAUAGGGAGAAUAGAAUUAAUUGCUGUCUAUCAUAUAGCCAAUUUGAUACUGUUUGAAUAUUACUCGUCAUUAAAGGGCAAGUUUAUAUCUGUAAUAAUAAUCAAUGUGAUCCUUAAAUAAUUAAAUGAUGUGCCAUAUUGCAGUAGUUUAUUAGCUGUAAACAUUAUUAGCUGUGAGACAUUCUCACCUGCACUGCUAGGAUAGUAGUGGCUUUUCUGUCCUGAAACAGGAAUAUGAUGCAAAUGAAUGGUGCAAUUAUAUGACAUGGAAGACUUAGCUUAGUGAAAGAUAGCCUUCUAAACCUUAGGUGGGAAGGGUAAUACAAUACAAAGCUAUAAAUACCAGAAUAGUGUGCAAGAAUGGUACUUGUGCAUUUCUGCACUACUGGCAUAUAAUUUGAUUAAGUGGGACAUGACAAUGCAGUUUAUAUGUAAUUUACAUAGAAGUACUUAAUAUCAGUUUCUUUUCAGAUUGUGUUUCUUCCAUGCAGUGUUGUAAUUUACUGUCUACUGCAUAUGAUGAUAUAAUUAUAAAAAUAAUGGAUUAGUAUGCAGUGAAUGGUUAGAUGAAUGAUAGUAAGUUCACAUAAAGAGGAACAAACCAACACAAAACAUAAAAUAUUUGUGGCCAU